AUGCAUAGUCAGUUACUGACUGUGAGGCGCAAAUUCGACACUGCAACUCAACAUCAAAAAGAACUUGUCGAUGACACAAUUACACGUGUCACUCUAGCGCAUUUAACAAAACGAUACGAUGAAGGUUUUAACAUGUUGUCUGAACUAUUUAUAAAAAUCAAAAAAUUUUCAAUACCAUUUUCUGUAUCAAUUCCUCUCGAUUGGAAACAAUGUGAAAUACUGUGUUAUAUAUUUAUGGGUGUCACAGAAUUAAGAAGAAAUUCAUGGUUAAAAUUAAAUCGUGUGUUAGUCCAAACUGAAAACAGUCAAGCGAGACAACAAACUAAACGUUAUAAAAAACAAAUUAUUUUAGGUGAAUUGCAUCAGUAUUGCAAUGAUAUUUUGUUGAUGAUUGAUCAGCAUUUGUUAUAUUGGUGGUCAAAAUUACAAGGUCAAGAAAUUCGCACUUUCUAUUUACGUAUUAAGGGUGAUUUAUUAUUUUAUUUGGCGGAAAGUUCACGAUACGAUAUGAAAACUGAAUAUAUGCUCUCUUCAUUGAGCAUGUAUAAUGAAGCAAUCGAACGAUCAACAUUCGAUCUUCCAGCCUAUAAUUCGACCUUAUUAUCGGUCUACUAUAACAAAGCGAUGCUGUUCAUUAUUCUGACUCAGGAAUACCAGGUAGCUCGAGAUUUAUUAUGUGAAGCACUUACAAAAGCAAAGGAACAAUAUGCUGUUGAAAUACAGACUGUACCACCGUUGGAUCUUAAUCAGCAAGAAAUGUGGCCAGUAUUUCAACGAAUUGAAACAUUAUUAAAAUCGAUUGAUCAUGUCUGUCACGGUGGCAGUUGUAAUUAA